AUGGACGCAACCACCGAAGCCGCCAACGUGGCCUCAGAAGUGCGCGAUAUUGUCGCAUCAAUGCUUCGCGACAAGUAUCCAUAUCUCAAGACCGCCGCGAUGGAGAGCAUGGUAGCCAAGCUAGCAGCAGGACUCGAGGCCGAUCUGCUAGCACAGGAACCGGUCAUGGUGGCCUCCAAGGCGAAGGCAGGACUGCUGAAGCUGCCUGCCGAGCUUCGCAACCACAUCUACGAGCUGGUCUUGACGCCGGAGGGGGGUGUACCUGUCGAGACCCAAGCACGCGAAGAGUGGCACGACUACGGCCGCUAUGCGCCGCCCGACGCAGUCACCAAGCGGGCAGGCUGGUUCGCACGACCAACAUCGACUCCAGCCCUGCUCAGCGUCAACAGUCAGAUCAGAACCGAAGCACUGCCCAUCUACUACAAGGUCAACACGUUCAUGGCGAGCUUCGGCGCUCGACUCGACAAGGGCUUCCUCCGCUCAGCCGCCUCAUGGUUGAAGAUCAUCGGUCCCGAGCGAGCUUCGCAGAUCGAGAAGUUCAUAGUCCGCUUCGUCGAGCAAGAUCUUCGGAAAGCGGCCUGCACCACCGACUUCAUCAAGGCUGGCCACAACAGCAUGUGCACGUACGGUAUGGACACACGUGAUUUAUACUGGCAGUGCAUCUUUCCGCACUCUGAGCCACGCAAAUAUCAGAUCAUCGAAGCCAUGGGGCUGGUCGAGCACGGCUUGGCUUUGGACAAGAUCAGGGUCCUGUGCCACCAGAUGCGCUGGGAUCUUGGGACUAGGGGUCAAUGGCAAGAGACCUGGUUGGAGGACUGA